UUUUGAGAGGCUCCCACCAUCCCUGUGCUGAAUUCCCAGGUCUGUACACCUGCUGUGCCCAUUAUGAGAGGCUCUCACCAUCCUUGUGCUGAGUUCCGGGUCUGUACACCUGCUGUGCUCAUUAUAAAGGGUUCCCACCAUCCCUAUACAGAGUUCCCGGGUCUGUACACCUGCUGUGCUCAUUAUGGGGGGGUUUCCACCAUCCCAAUGCUGAGUUCCCGAAUAUGUACACCUGCUGUGCUCAUUUAUGAAGGGUUCCCACCAUCCCUGUACAGAGUUCCCAGCUCUGUACACCUGCUGUGCCCA